AUGGCGUACCAGAAGAAGGAUGCCAUGUCUGGCAAGGCUCAGAAUGGCGGCUUCCGUACUGACAGCGCCAUCUCGGCGAACCGCGCCGGCGGAGAACGUGUGCUGCAACGAUGGCAGCCCGACACGGAUGACACAUUCGAUCACAGCUUGGAGAAGUCCGGCACCAAGCCAUCUUGGGACCAAUUCUCCGCCAACGAGAAGCUUUUCGGGCUGAAGACCGAUUACGAUGAGAACAUGUACACGACACAGAUCAACAAGAGCCACCCCCAAUAUCAUCAAAGAAUAGCUGCCGCCGAGAAGAAGGCUCGUGAGAUCGAGCGUAGUGUGGCCAGCACUUCACACGUGGCUGAAGAGAGAGUCAUGGACUUCGUCGGCGGAGAUGAUGGUGGUGAUGAAGAAGACAAAUACAGUGGUGUCAAGCGUCAACAGCAGAAUGACUUCCCACCCCUUCCUGGCGGCAACAGAGACAACAAAUACACACCCCCGGCCCGUAGAGCUCCGACCGGCGCCUCGACUGUCAAAGGCGCUCCUAUCGAUCCUGCCAUCAUCUCGUCUCAGCUGAAGCCGCAGAAGAACCAGCCGGCUGCGAAAGCUGAUGACGCAAAGCCCCGCCAGGCGCCUGCCACUGAAGUGACGGGCGCUACUCCUGCAGCAGCGGGAGCAACAGCUAAGGCAUCCGAGGAUAAAUCCGAGCCGAAGGUGGAAGCUGCGCAGAAGCCCGCCGAUGCAAAGGCCUCGGGGCAGUCGUCGACCCCGCUGCGACCUUCUGCCGCCACGAGCCGUACCAUCUCGCCUCAAGGAAAGGAAGCGGCUGCCGCUCCUAGCGCUACGUCUACAGUCGAAAAAGAUGUACUGAAGGAAUUCAAGGCAUUUGCCAGCCAACAGAGGACCAAUGCUGAGAAGGCCCGCAGCACCAAGGCCAAGGCGGACAAGGAAGUCAAGUUGAUCGAGUUGAAGAAGUUCGCCGAUAACUUCAAGCUGCCGACCCCCGUCCCUGUUGAUCUCAUUGGAAUCAUUGCCAAGGAUCCGGCGAAGCAGAAGGCAAUCCAGGAGAAGGCCUCUCGGGAUGCUGCUGAAUGUCUGCGUCGCAAGGCGGAGGAGAAGGUCGUUCAAGAGAAGAAGCCUGUGGCUUCCAAAGAUGGCCCGGCUGCUACCACCGCGCAGGGCGCACCCACCGAUCGAGCUCGCCCAGCCGGCGCUCCAGCCCCCGUUCAGCCUGCUCCGGCUGCUUCGCGCCAUCCCGGAGGUCGCCAGAAUUUCGUCCCGCAGCCCUACCAGCAGUUCCGCAACGGCGGUCCGCACAUGGGACCCGCAGGUCGGCAGACUCAAGGUCUCGCGGCGCGUAUCCACCGCAACGCCGAGAACCAGAAAAUGGGUGACAUGCGUCAGCCUCCGACGGGUCCGGCCAAUGUUGACCCAUCAUACAUGCGCCGAGGACCGAUGCCUGGUCACAUGGCCAACAAGCUGAACCCCAACAGCCACGAAUUCCGACCGAGCCCUUUCGCGUCGAGCUUCACUCCCAACGGCCACCCAAGUGCUGGCUCCAGCCCUCGUUCCGCCUUGAACCAGACAGCCGACGCCCACUCCGGUCCUGGUAGCACCAUUGCCGCAGCAGUCGUCGUCAUCAAGAAGAAGAAGAAUGCCGUCGACACGAAGAAGUGUUCGAUUCUUGUCCACAUCAAGUCACAGCCCAAGCCUGAGGGCAAGAACUGGGCGGACAACGAUGGGAUCAAGCCUUCAUUCGACACCCCGCCUACUUGGCGUCAGGCUCAGGACGACGAGAAGCCCGAGUCAACCAUGCGCCUGUCAUACAUGGAGUACUUUGAGCGACAGCCUUUCGCGACUCAACCCACGCCUAACCCUACUCAUGUCAUGCCACAGCUGGCCCAUCAACAUCAACUCCCAUUCCACCUGCAACAGGGUGCCCAGAAUACGCCCCGAGUGUCACCGCAUGCUCCUCCUGCUCCUAUGCAUCCUGGUCAGCAUGGCCCCAUGCCUCACGGACCCUUCAACGGAGCAGAUGACCACCGAAUGAUGCACUCAGCCUCGUCCCAGUCCUUCUCCUCCCCGCGCAUCAACGCAAUUCCCGUCGCAUACCCCCCUAAUAUGAACAAUCCCGGCCAGAUGCCCUACCAGAAUGGCAUGCCUUUCAUGCCCGGUACGCCUCAGCAGAUGGGUGGCCACUUCAACAGAAGCUUCUCCAACAACGCACAGUACAUGCCCCAGCAGCAGAUGCCUAUGGGGACCCCUAUGAUGAUGCAGCCUCAGUUCAUGACCCCCCAGGGCAUGCCUGCGGCGCAGAUGCAGAUGUACCCCGGCGGCCCGCACUUCAUGCCUCCUGGCGCCAGUGCACCGCAACCAAUGCCGGGUGCGAACGGUUAUCCCAGUCCGGGUCGGCCCGCGGCGCCAAUGAUGGUCCACCAAGGCUCCCAGCAAGGACAGCCUAUGUAUGGCAUGAGUCCGGGGAUGCAAUAUCAGCAACCAGUGUUUCCCCAGCAGCCUGGACAGCUGAACAACAUGCGUGGAUACAACAACCCCGGACCCCAGCAGUUCGGAACCAGCCCGCAGCAGAUGCAUCAACACCCACAGCAUCGCAACAAUAGCAAUAACUUCAAGAACUUCCAAGGUCACGGUGGCCCACACCAAGGCCCACAAGGCGGGCACCAGAUACCUUCCGGUCCCCAAGGCCGUACUCCUGAUGCAACGGAGGAGACCAAUUUGCAAAGACCUCUUGUCGAUACAGGCGUCAGCCCGUGUCUCCUGCCCUCGACCUCGGUCCUCAACUGA